CGCCCGCCCGGGCCUCGCCUCCGGCCGCUCCCUCCGCCUCCUCCCCGCCCCAAACCCCCGUCAGCCCGUCCUUCCUUCCCCUCCCGUGCAUGAUGGAAACACCAUGGCUGCGGCGGCCCAGCUCUCCCUGACACAGUUAUCAAGUGGGAAUCCUGUAUAUGAAAAAUACUAUAGACAGGUUGAUACAAGCAAUACUGGAAGGGUAUUGGCUUCUGAUGCUGCUGCUUUCCUGAAAAAAUCAGGGCUUCCAGACUUGGUACUUGGGAAGAUUUGGGAUUUAGCUGACACAGAUGGCAAAGGUGUCCUGAACAAACAAGAAUUCUUUGUUGCUUUGCGUCUGGUGGCAUGUGCCCAGAAUGGAUUGGAGGUUUCACUGAGUAGCUUGAACCUGGCUGUUCCUCCACCAAGAUUUCAUGAUACCAGUAGCCCCUUGUUAGCCAGUGGAACCUCUGCAACUGAGCUUCCAUGGGCUGUAAAAUCUGAAGAUAAGGCCAAAUAUGAUGCAAUUUUUGAUAGUUUAAGCCCAGUAAAUGGAUUUCUGUCUGGUGAUAAAGUGAAACCAGUGUUGCUCAACUCUAAGUUACCUGUGGAUAUCCUUGGACGAGUUUGGGAGUUGAGUGAUAUUGACCAUGAUGGAAUGCUCGACAGAGAUGAGUUUGCAGUUGCCAUGUUUUUGGUAUACUGCGCAUUGGAGAAAGAACCUGUGCCAAUGUCCUUGCCUCCAGCCUUGGUGCCACCUUCUAAGAGGAAAACGUGGGUUGUAUCACCUGCAGAAAAAGCUAAAUAUGAUGAAAUCUUCCUGAAAACUGAUAAAGAUAUGGAUGGAUUUGUGUCUGGAUUGGAAGUCCGUGAAAUCUUCCUGAAGACAGGUUUACCUUCUAACUUACUAGCCCAUAUUUGGGCAUUAUGUGACACAAAGGACUGUGGGAAGCUUUCAAAGGAUCAGUUUGCCUUGGCUUUUCACUUAAUCAAUCAAAAGUUAACAAAGGGCAUUGACCCUCCUCACAGUCUUACUCCUGAGAUGAUUCCACCAUCGGACAGGGCCAGUUUACAAAAGAUUUUUCUUCCUAUGUUUUUCUGUUUUUCAAUUUUACAUAAUUUUAUACGGACUGGAAGUGGGGCACGAUCUUUGCAUAAUAAAAAGAUUGAGGUAUGGGAGGAACGGGCUGAAACAAUGAUUCGUAUGGUAAGGGACUGUUUAAAAUCUCCGCGACAUCGUGACCCACAUUGCGACCCAUCUGACAAACGGGAAAAGAAUAACGUGGAACAGGACCUUAAGGAGAAAGAAGAUACUGUUAAACAGAGGACAUGUGAGGUUCAGGAUCUUCAAGAUGAAGUUCAGAGGGAGAAUACUAAUCUGCAAAAACUGCAGGCUCAGAAACAGCAAGUACAAGAACUCCUUGAUGAACUGGACGAGCAGAAAGCCCAGCUGGAGGAGCAGCUCCAGGAAGUCAGGAAGAAAUGCGCUGAGGAGGCCCAGCUGAUCUCAUCCUUGAAAGCUGAAUUAACUAGUCAAGAAUCACAGAUCUCCACUUAUGAAGAAGAGCUGGCCAAAGCCAGGGAGGAGCUGAGUCGCCUACAGCAAGAGACAGCAGAACUGGAGGAGAGUGUGGAGUCGGGGAAGGCUCAGCUGGCACCGCUGCAGGAGCACCUGCAGGAUUCUCAGCACGAAGUCAGUUCAAUGCAAAUGAAACUGAUGGAAAUGAAAGAGCUGGAAAACAAUAAUCAGUUAAAUUGGUGCAGCAGCCCACACAGCAUUAUUGUAAAUGGUGCUACAGAUUAUUGUAGUCUGAGCACCAGCAGCAGUGAAACAGCCAACCUGAAUGAGAACGCUGAAAGCCAGAGCAACCUUGAGUCGGAGCCCAUACACCAGGAGUCUCCAGCAAGAAGCAGUCCUGAAGUACUGCCUUCUGGUGUGACUGACGAAAACGAAGUGGUGACUUCAGCUGUUAAUGAAAAAGUUCGUCCUGAAUUUAACAGUGACAGACACUCAAAAGAGGAAGAUCCAUUUAUUGUAGAAUCAAGUUCACUGACAGAUCCGGUUGCAGAUACAAACUUGGAUUUUUUCCAGUCUGAUCCUUUUGUUGGCAGUGAUCCUUUCAAGGAUGAUCCUUUUGGGAAAAUUGAUCCAUUUGGAGGUGAUCCUUUCAAAGGUUCAGAUCCAUUUGCAUCUGACUAUUUCUUCAAGCAAUCUUCUGUUGAUCCUUUUGUCACUUCAAGUACUGACCCUUUCAGUGCAGCCAGCACUAGCAGUAAUACAUCGGUAGAAACAUUGACACACAAUGAUCCUUUUGCUCCUGGUGGAACAGUUGUUGUUGCAGCUAGUGAUGCGGCCACAGACCCCUUUGCUUCUGUUUUUGGAAAUGAAUCAUUUGAAGGUGGAUUUGCUGACUUCAGCACAUUGUCAAAGGUCAACAAUGAAGAUCCUUUUAGUUCAGCCUCAUCAAGCUCUGUCAGCAAUGUGGUCGUUACAAAAAAUGUGCUUGAGGAAGCAUCAGUCAAAAGUGAAGAUGUGCCCCCGGCAUUGCCACCAAAGAUCGGAACUCCAACAAGACCCUGCCCAGCGCCACCUGGGAAAAGACCCAUCAACAAAUUGGAUUCUUCCGAUCCCUUUAAACUGAAUGAUCCAUUUCAGCCUUUCCCAGGCAAUGAUAGCCCCAAAGAAAAAGAUCCUGGUAUGUUGUGCGAUCCAUUCACUUCUACUGCUACUGCCACUACCAAAAAAGAGGCUGACCCAAGCAAUUUUGCUAACUUCAGUGCUUAUCCCUCUGAAGAAGACAUGAUUGAAUGGGCCAAGAGGGAAAGUGAGAGGGAGGAGGAGCAGAGGCUUGCCCGCCUCAGUCAGCAGGAGCAAGAAGACUUAGAACUGGCUAUUGCACUCAGCAAAUCGGAGAUUUCAGAAGCAUGAAGAAUUCUUCUGUCCUUUGUCAACCCUACAGUACUCUUCUGCCUGAAUAUCGAAGCUAUUACAGUGUGUAGCAAAACUACCUAUGAGCAUGGGAAUACAAAAGGUUUGAGAUUCCUGUAAAUGUGACAAAGGUUUUGGGUUUUUUUAACUCCAUUGAAGAUUUGUCCUCCACCCCACCCCACCCCACCCCUCUCUGCCCCGUGAAAGCAGCGAGACAGCUUCACCUAGGCCCCUGGUGUGCAUUUACUGUGAGCUUUUGCCUUGCCUGUACUACGUUUACUUGUAAAGCUAGAGCACCCAAGCUUCUGCCUUCUGGAGUAUAGAGAAGUAGCUUCACCCCUGUGCUGCCCUUGUUCUACAGUUACUCUGAUAAUAGCCCGUGGGGUUCUUAAAGUUUGCCGUAUUCUCCCCUGAUUUGAAAGGAUGAGGGAGGAAAACGGAAAGAACAUCCUAUUUCUUUUGUGAUAGUGCAGAUCGGCUAGUUUUAGAGUGCAUGUUUGUAUUUCCAUAUAAUCAAAAUACUGUUUAAUUUGUUUUCUAUAGACAAGGAAAAAUAUUUUGCAUAAAUGGACUCCACUAUGGAAAAAGGGAUGCUUUAGACUGAACCAUUACAGCUUCAGACUCAAUCUUUUCCUAAAUAAAAACGCUAAAGCCCCAUGUGUGAAAUAUAUUUUUAAAAAAUUUUUUUCUGGAUUUAAAGAAUUUUCGAUCAACAGAUUCCUCUUCAUAAUUUUAAGUGCUAGACAGUGGAGAAAAUUUAUUUAUCACCUACAAUAUACCCACACAGUAUAAGAUAAAGUAAGCAGAAAUCUUAACAUGGCCGCCUUCUGCAGUUGCUAUGUUGCUAUCCUCUUCAGUUCAUGGUAGGUUUAUUUUUGUACUUUUGCAGAGGAAACUUUAGAAAGUUAGAACUGGAAGGUACUUUAAUUUUUGUAUAUAUAUUUUUGUUUUCUUUAAUGAAGGCUCAAUUACUUGAAAUGUAAAAACUUUCACUGAAUUCAAAUGAAAAAAAAUGACAUGUAUUAAACCAUAUUAUUGUUCUUUGUCCAUCUUUGUGGCUUAAAAUAGUUUUUCUCUUCAUGUUUUUUUGCCUAUGAAGUUGGCAGGCUAGCAAAAAAAAAAAUCUUUUUUUUAAUUCGGAUGGAAGAGACCUGCCAAAUUAUCAAAGCUCUUCGUGUAUGAAAAGCCUGUCUCCUGUAAAACUGACCUAGCAGACAGCUGAAUUUGAAAUAGACUGUGAAGUAGGCUGUAAAUUGUAAUCCUACAUUUUUUUUAAUAUCAAGUUACUGACUUAGGUAAUGUACUGAAUACCUAUUUACCAAGAUAAAGAGAAAUACACCUAAAAAUUAAUUAAAAGUCUCUGUGGUCACCAAGUCAAAGUGGUAUUGAUCUGUGCGAAUCAGAGUAACUUACUGCCUAGCCUAUGAAUAAACUCCAGAAUACCCAAUUCAUUUCAUCUUGAAAUGGUGCUUUUUUUUUUCUCUCCACACACAAUUGGACUGCUGCAAAUUAAAAUACUUUAAACCACUUUCUUGCACUGCUAACUUUUUUCUACUUUUAUAAAUUAAAACCAUUCAGCAUAAAAGUCAUACAUAUGAAGCAAGGGCUGAAUCAUAAUCAUAAGGCUUUAAAUUUGAUAAACUUAUCCGGUGACUAAGGAUGUACUGCUAAAGAUGAUUGAGAAGGUAGUGUUGGGAGUUGUGAUAGAUAAUGGUUUUGGGUUUUUUUUUCUUCCCCUUACACUUCAGGAAAAAGGUAAGUUGACUUGAACAACCUUCUUUUGCACUGGGAAAAUGAACAGAUGUUUGAAAUGCUUUUAAAAUAUUUUUUUUAAUUAAAAAACACUCUGGAAAGUAUUAAAUAUCUGUAACUUAUAAACACCAACUUUUGAUGUAAUAAGUGUACCCUAAUCUUAUGUAUGUUUAACUGGAUUACAUAGAUUCUUAUCUUUUGUUAAAAUAUGUAUAAUCAGUGGACCAAUAUAAUAUUAAAGUAUGUAUAUAUUAUAUAAAUAUAAAUAUAUAUCUCUAUCUCCAUGCUCACUUGUGUAAGAUGAAUGUCUUAGAGUGGUUUGUGAUUAUAUUUUACGUUUUUGACACUGGCUCCAGAGCCUAUGCUUUAAAAGAACAUAAGUAUUCCUGAGAACCAAGUGACACUACUUACAAACUUUUAACAACCUUCUACAUACUUGUUCUGGCUUCUCUUUAUAGAAUUUUCUCUUAUGUUUUGAACGUCUAAAUUGUAGCUUGUAACUAUGAGAACAAUAAACUUUAAGUAAUAAUAAAACAUACUAUCCAUACAUCCUAUUUGAAA